AUGGCGGUGAAAGAAAAUGUCAAGAGUCAUCCAUGUAAGCGAGUAAAGAAGCACGCAUCGUUGAAGGUUCUAACGCAUAAACAGAUACAUACAACGAUCUUCAUUAAGUCCGCAACACCAUAUGUCAGUGCGCUGAAAAGAAUAAACAAGUUUCUUGAUGGUGUCUGUAAGCACGGAUCUUCUUAUGUUGUGGUUUUGGGUAUGGGCAAAGCUGUUGAAAAGACGCUGGCAUUAGGUUGUCAUUUCCAAGAUCAGAAGAACAAGAAAAUAGAGGUUUUCACCAGAAGUAUAGAAGUUCUCGACGAAGUGAUAAUCGAAGACAAUGUGGAUGCCGAAAGUGAGAGUAGUAUUGACGACGAUGAUAGAGAAACCCAACUUAAGAAAAGGACUGUAAGCGGCGUGGAGCUGCGUAUUUAUGUAUAA